AUGUCGACACCGCGGCGCUCAGUGCGCUCCUUGGGUCUCUCUAUCCUGUCUCUCGUUUCACUUUCGAGCCUGUCAACGGCCUCUUCUGGGCUUGCGGGCACUGGUCUGUCGGUCGUCUUUAAUGAUGUCUACUAUUACAUCUCGCCCUUCCCUUCUGGGCGCGUUCCCAUGAACCCAAAGUCGCUGUCGAGUGUGCCGACAGUUUUUGGGUUCAAGCCGGUGACCGUCAUCCAGGACGCCAUCGCCGAGUCCGAAAUUCCCGACCUCUUCACUAAAUGGGCCGCCGAAGAUGACGUGUUCCAGACCGCAUUCACCCAGGCCAUCUUCCUGGCCGGCUCCAACCAGACGUGCCUGACCAAAAGGGAGAUCAUCCCGGGGGGCGCUACCUCCUCGAUUGUGGGCCUCAACGUCACCACGGUCCCCUCGGGCCCCUAUUUCCUCGAGAUGGCCACCGGCUCGCUGCACCCCGUGUCCCGUCUGUACGAGGACUUUGCCCAGGCCUUCUUGCAGUCCCUGAUCCGGAAUCCAGAGGGCAAAUUCCAGCCCAUGUCCGCUCAGAUUCCUGGCUCUGCGUCGUUGACAAUUGGCGUCCCUUCGAGGCUCUACUUCACAAAGACGGCUGCCAAGCCGCUCGCUGGUGUGCGGCUUGCGGUCAAGGACAUCUACCGUCUUGCCGGGGUCAAGGGCUCCAACGGAAACAGGGCGUGGUACGACUUGUACCCUGCCAGUACUUACACCGGCCCAGCUAUUCAGAGGCUUAUCGAUGCCGGAGCAAUCGUCGUCGGUCUGCAGAAGACAUCGCAGUUUGCCAACGGAGAGACGGCCACGGCAGACUGGGUAGACUACCACUCGCCCUUCAACCCCCGCGGCGACGGGUACCAAGACCCCUCCUCGUCAUCCUCGGGAGCGGGCGCGUCCAUGGGCUCGUACGACUGGCUCGACCUUGCCAUUGGCAGCGACACGGGCGGUAGCAUCCGCGGUCCUGCUGGCGUCCAAGGUCUUUUCGGCAACCGUCCGUCGCACGGGCUCGUGUCUCUUGACAACGUCAUGCCUCUGGCUCCCACGCUUGACACGCCCGGGUUCCUGAUCCGCGACCCUUAUCUCUGGGACGCCGCAAACGCGGCCCUCUACGGGAGCAACUACAAGUCGCUCGUGUCGGCCACGCCCAACUACCCCAAGACGAUCCGCACCGUCAGCUUCCCGGCCUCGGCCGGAACCAGCGCCUCGUCGAAGAUCCUCCUCGACUUUGUGAGCGCCCUCGCCAACCUGACCGGUGCCACCGUCAAGCCGCUGACGCUGGCGACAGAGUGGACUGCGACCGGGCCGGCAGGCGCUGCUCCUCUGUCCCAGUAUCUCAACACGACAUAUCCGGCCAUCAUCACUAAGGAGCAGAUCAAGCUGGUCAGAGACCCCUUUUACGGCGACUACGCCGCUGCAAACGGCGGACGGCUGCCAUUCAUCAACCCAGUGCCGCUCUCGCGGUGGGGGUACGGCGACACGCUGUCGGAGGAGCAGCUGCAGGCGCAGUACACGGCGCGGGAGACGUUCAUGGGGUGGUUCAACACGGAGAUCCUGGCGCCGGUCGCGGACGAGACGCAGUGCUCUUCAAGCAUCGUGCUCUACAUUGGCAGCACGGGCGGCCAGAACCCGCGCAACCGCUACGGCAGCGCGCCCGGCGUGCCGUUCGGCUUCAGCACGGGCCGCGUUAGCCCCUUCACCGAGGUGCCCGACUCGGUGUUCCCGCUCGGCGAGGUGUCGUCGACUAGCUCCAUCACCGGCAAGCCCGAGCCGCUCCCCGUCGCCGUCGACGUCAUGGUGGCCAAGGGCUGCGACGGCUUGCUGGUGAGGCUCGCGCAGGACCUUGUCAAGGCCGGCGUCAUCACGAUCCCCAAGACGGGUGCAUCGGGCAAGACGGGGGGCAAGAUUCUGCUAAAGGCGAGGGGGUUUUAG